GGGAGCUGUCGCAGGGGAAGACGUCGGGAAUCAGGGGCUCCACAACUCAGAAAAACACAGGACCAAAACCCCCUUCCCCAUGCAAACGCAUAAAAGCAAAAUCUUUCCUUCAAAUCACCUGCCUUUUUAAAACGUGGCGUUGCGUCCUCUUGUUUCGGUUUUCUUUUAAAGACCUUUUCUCUCUGUUGGUUUUUGCUGGUUCAAUCAUUCAAUUUGGUUUUGUUGAAUCAGCCGACCCAAAUUUCCCCCAAGGAAAGAAAAGCUUCACUCCUUUGUCCAGAUUCAUCUCCGAUCAAUCAAUUCCGCCUCCUGUUGGUCUUCAAGUUUUCUAUGAGUGUAACAUAGAUCUUUGUCUGUCUAUGAGGACAGUUAUUUCGACUGAUAAGAGAAGAAAUGCUUCAUCUGACGGGGGAAACGUCGGAUUUAAAAUGAGGCAGCUUCCAUUUAUGGGAGUUAUUUUUACAGUUAUGAUGUACAUUGUAUAUAGAACCACAAAUUAUCAAUACUACGAGACAGAGAUGGAAACCAAAUUGCACCCUUUUGAAACAGUAGAGGAUAAUGAUUUGCCUUCCGUGAAAUUAAGAGAUUUGCCUCGUGGCAUUAUGCAACCUCGUUCAGAUUUGGAACUAAAGCCUCAAUGGUCAAAGAGUUCACGGUCAAUGGUUAAUAUUACCACAGAUAAGAACUUGCUGGCAAUGCCAGUUGGCAUUAAACAAAAAGAAAAUGUCGACAGUGUUGUGCGAAAGUUUCGUGCAGCGAAUUUUACCAUUACUCUAUUCCAUUACGAUGGCAAAGUGGAUGGAUGGUGGGAUCUUGAUUGGUCUGACAAAACCAUUCACAUAGUGGCUCAUAACCAAACAAAGUGGUGGUUUGCGAAGCGUUUUCUACAUCCGGAUAUUGUGUCAAUUUAUGACUACGUUUUUCUUUGGGAUGAAGAUUUGGGGGUGGAGCAUUUCAAUCCAAGAAGGUACCUAGAUAUUGUUAAGUCGGAAGGCUUAGAGAUUUCUCAGCCGGCUUUAGACCCAAACUCAACGGAAAUACACCACAGAAUUACUAUACGUGCCAGAAUGAAGAAGUUUCAUAGGAGAGUCUAUGAACUCAGAGGUAAAACGAGGUGUUCAAAUAUAAGCGAGGGGCCACCAUGCUCUGGAUUUGUGGAGGGAAUGGCUCCGGUGUUCUCCAGAGCUGCCUGGUAUUGUGCAUGGCAUCUCAUACAGAACGAUCUUGUUCAUGGAUGGGGAAUGGAUAUGAAACUUGGGUAUUGUGCACAGGGUGAUCGCAUGAAGAAUGUGGGGGUGAUUGAUAGUGAGUACGUUGUUCACAAGGGCAUACAAACUUUGGGUGGGACAGGAGAGCUCUCAUUGAGGAAAUCCAAGAAGAGACGUAAGGUUAGGACUCGGGCUUCAACUUUCGAUUCACGAGCUGAGAUUCGCAGGCAAUCCACAUGGGAACUUAAAGUCUUUAAAGAGCGAUGGAAUCAAGCCGUACAACAAGACAAGUACUGGAUCGAUCCAUUUUCGAGAGAACAAAAGCGAAGACAUAAACGCGAAAGCAAAGUUUUUGACAUUUACGACUAAUCAAAGCCGGUCGUGGUUGCCUUUCCCUCGUUCACCGUCACAGAUACAAUAGUCUAAUCUCAACAGCAUCACCCAUACUUGUAUUUUAACU